AUCUGACUCUAGGAAAACAAACUCGUGGUUACAGCGGGUAAAAAUACUCUGCUGCUCUUACAUCAGUGCUGCUCCGUGAUAUUUUUGGGACUUCUCCCAUUCGCGUCGGAGUUGUUACUGGGUGUCUGUUUUUGCCAGCCCUGGAUCGUCGCCUACAACGACUCUGUGCGGGGGCGAGAGACGACACAGCGCGUCCUGAGAUUUCGACAUAAACAAGGAAGGGGUGCAGCAGUGAGGAAGUAUUUGAGAUAAAAGAUUACAAAACAAAACAUCGUGGGGACUCUGGCACAAGAAUGACAGAUUGACCUUGUCUCUGGGAGGAUAUGGAAGGGACCGAAGGGUCCGGUCCCGCCGCCUGUAUGAGCACAGCGGUUGCCGCUGUCCUGUGGCCGACGGGAGAUUCUGCCGGGUUUGGAUAAACCUGCUGAUAAACAGUUUGAGUUGGUGAUGGCAAAGUGUGCUGAUCUAUAUAAAAAAAUAUUACAUUUUUAAUUUGUGCUUUACAGAGCAGAAAUGAAGACUUUCAAAAUAGCUUGGUCACCAGCUUCUAAUAAUUUAUCUCUUUUAAGGUAAGGUUUAAUUUGAAUGCGCUGGAGAAAUGUGGAGUGGGUUUAUGAACGGCUCGGGGAUGCACGGUGGGGGCGGUGCUGGCGGGGGCAACGUCCCGUCUCAGGGCUGGGAGUUUAUGCCGUGCUCCAGGAUGGAUAGGGCAGAUAGAGGCAAGGGCAAAAGUCGUAGCCCAUCAAGGAGGAUCUCCUCUCCGCCCACCGUCUUCAGUCACAUCUACAACUCCCAGUUCGGUGCUUCAGGAGAAGGUGGAGAGGGGACACAGCUUGAGUUCCUCAGGGGACAAAUGUGGCCGGGUCCCGAAGCCCAGCAGCAGCAGCAGCAAACACAACACACGCGGCUUAAAAAGAAAUUUGAGGAUUUGAAAAAGCGACACAUACAGGAUAAGGAAGAAUGGAUGCGCGAGAAGGAGUCAUUGUUGCGAGAAGUAGCUGACAUACAAGGAGGGGAGAACCGGAGGAUUCUGCUGGACCUGAAGACAGUUUUGGAGGAAGUGCAGACGGAGGUGAAGAGAGAGGAGGAGAAGAGGAGCGAGCUCCAACUGCAGUACACCAGAGACAGAUGUGCCUGGGAGCUGGAGAAGGCUGAGCUCAAAUCCAGGAUUGCACAGUUGGAGGCUAGAGAGUGUGCUGGGUUUGUUAGUGGCGGAGUCCAGUCAGCUGCUGGUCCCGGCUCUGUGGCGUCACGGAGUGCUCGAGAACAGCACGACGAGACAUCAACACUCCGCCGGGAGAGGGAAGAGCAGCGGAGGCUCCUGGCGGACACACACUCAACAGCCAUGGACCUGCGCUGUCGUCUGGAGCACAAUGAGAGGGACUGGUUAAGGGAGAAAGCGGAGCUGCUGGAGAGGUUCGACUUGGAGAGGAGGGAAUGGGAGUGCCAGCUGAAGGAUAUGCAGAGGAAAAUAGAAGCGCUGUACUGUGACGUGGGGACCAAGCGAGAAGAGAUCGGGCUGGACAGUGGGAGGCAGCACAACGAUGAUGUUCUACACAGGCUCAGCAUUCGCUCAACCAGCGCCGGCUCUAGUCUGCUCAGCGACAACGAGCCUCUUAGCAGCAGCAGUCAGUCAGAGCCCAUCAGACAUCAACCUUUACCUGGUUUCGGUGGCAACAGAAACUUCAGUGAUUGUGUUGGCAGAGAUGGUCACCACUCCACCUGCUUCCAAGCAGACAGCAUGUAUGAAUAUGAUGUUGGUGGUCAGUUCACUCAGAUUGACCAUUCACAACCUGAGCCAGUGGAUGAGUUAAGAGGCACUUGGCAGCAAGACUCAGUCACUGAUGGCAAUGAAGCUGUGGAUAUAAUGAAGCUGGAUGCUUUGUUUCAUGGAGCUCCUGGAUGUGCAAUGCCACAGAAAAAUGUCUCAAACGGUAAUGAAAGCAAUGUCCCUGUUAGUCCUGAAGAAAGCCUUCUUUGGGCAGAGCUGAGUUACGGCAGCGAAAAGAAGAAAAACACCACUGCUCUCAAUGCUGCUCUGAAGGAGAUAGCCCGUGUAAGCGAGGAGCUUUGCAGCUACCAGGAUGAAAUCAGAAAGAAGAGUGGGGAUAAGAGGAAUCGAUCUGAAUCCCUGAGCCCAACUGAGGAGAGCGACAUGUUGAUUGGCCAUGAUAAAACCCGACUGGAGGCGGAUAAAUCUCCCUGCGACCUCAGCCAAAUUUAUGAUGACUUUCGGACCUUGGAGAGGGAAAACUGGAUCACCUCGUCACCAGACAACACCUGGCGGGCUGACAGAGGGCCAAGCAAAUCCUGGAGGUCAAACAGUGCUAAUCCAGACAUCUACAGAGAAACACAGACUAGCCCUGGAGUACUCUCUGAAAUUGAUGCAGAAGCUCCACCCAUCCCUCCCCGCAUUUCCUCCUGGAAUAUGAGCUCCCCUACCCAUCCAGACACAGAACUCUACAUCCCAGAAUCCCCCAUGGCGACAGUGAGGAAGUGCCAUAGCCCCUGUGUUCUAGUGGACAAAAAGUGUAGCAGCCCAUCUAUUGUCAGAAAGUUUGAGGCCAUGCUACAAGAAAAUGAAGGAAAAGUUUUAAUAGACGGCGUUGUAGCAUCGUGCUCUGUACCGACUAACUCUGGAUGUAAUAUGGGCUGCUGCCACAACCGCUGGUCCUGUGAUGCAAGCAAGUUCACCAGCAGUAAGCUGUCGACAUACGGGACUGUCCAGAAAAGCUUCUCUGAAGUCAACAUAUUGACUGCUAGAAAAGAUUACUGCCAUGGGAACCAUAACAGCCCUGACCUACAAAUGCCUCCGAUUGUCAAAGAUUUACCUUUAGAUUUGCUCUUGUCCUCUCUUGAAAUACAACCUGCCGGCCCCAACCUCCAGGGCUCCAGAAGAAACAUAUUGCUGGAGCAAAAAACAGCUGAGUUCAACAGAACUUUGUUUCAGGCUGAGAUGGGCCGUGGCGUAAAGGAACAAGACAGUUUAACAGUAACAGAUGCCGGCUCUGUGGGUCCCCAAGCCGUCUUUUUACCAACUGGUGCAUCAGAUGAGAUUUUACGUCCCAGGCAGACAACAUGUCAGCCACAUUGUACUGAUUUCACCACUGGUGUCAUGGGUGUGCAUCCUGAAGUCUCUCCCUCAACCUCAAAUUCCACAAUUCAGAACCCCAAAGUCCAGCCAAGGCGAAUGAGAUGUGGUCCUGAAGCUCAAGAAAUUCCUUCUGACCUUUCAUCUGAACAGCUACAGAUUGGACUCAGGGAGGCAGCAACAACAACCUCUCAGAGUUCUGCACUCCAUUCUGAGGUCAUGCACAAAGUUCAAACAGCAAGCAGUCCAUCCAGGAAAACACAACGCAGAGCCGCCACAGAGGCUCUUUUUUCUGAGCCUUCAAACACCCAGCCAGGUCAGAAUGGAGAUGCUUCCAGCUCCAAAAAUGAGAAUCCCCAUGGAGCAAAGUCUCAGUCAGCCAGAGAUGGUGUCUCACUCCACCAGCCGUCUGUUGAGAACCGACAAAGACGGGUGACACAACCAGGGCACCAGGCACAGCUAAGUCAUGCAACUGCUCUUCCUUCCCAGUUGGACUCCUCCAGGCCUGGGCCUCGAAUGAUGAAUGAACAUCCCUGGAAAGCCCUCACUCUUGCUGCGUACCCACGGCCCGAGGGAUCCAGGUCCAACUACGGGGCAGUAGAAAGGAUUCUGAAGAAUUAUGAGAGCGCAGCCCGGGCUAAACAGAACCAGAGCCAAACGAACGAGAUGGCUUUGAAUCCUAACGACGGUGUCAGGCAGGAGGAGAACGUCACAGAACUGGACAUGCUGGACAUGAACCCUCUGCACUUACCUCCCACUCUGAGACACACGCAGACUUCACACACCUCGCAGACGCACACCACACAUUCACAGCUCAGCAGCCACAGUGCCAUGUGUGUGAAAGAGGUACAUCUAAAAGUGCAGGAGAACAAAGAGACCUCCGUCUCCUCCUGCGUUCAGAAGAACUUCUCGAAGCCUGCCCGUCCAGCCAACCGACGCCGCCCCUCCCGAUGGGCCAGCCGCUCCCCCACUUCCUCCUCCUCCUCCUCUCCCUCCACCACCCCCGUUGUGCCUCCAUCCUUCCCCCUCAACAAACACAGUUCCUCUUUUACCUUCUCACACGCCUUUCACAUAGAGACUGUCAUUGUUUGACCUCAACCUCACCUUACGAUUGAACCAACAAGUCAGUGAUAACCUCUGAACACUUUUCAUUACUGUUGUACAUACCAAACCCAGACUGCUCCUCCACGCCUACAGACUCAAAAGUGCUUUAGUUGUGAGUUUACACACUCAACUUUUUAGAACUGUAUGUGGCAUCCAGUGCAGCCUAACUGACCAAGGAAAGUGAGAAAAGGAUCUGAAGUAGCUUCACAUAUUCAGCGGUAUGCUUGGCAUCGUGCGUAGCCUCAGAGGAGAGUGAAAACAUCACAUUCAUUCAUUCAUUCAUGCCAACCAUCUGAAUGGAUGUCCUAUGCUCAGGUCUGGAUUCUAGCCUUCACUAGUGUAGCCUUGCAGAUCUACCAACAACAUACCCUCCACUUCGGCUCUAUAUACUGUAUCCACACCUUAAAAGUGAUGCUUGCUCAUAGUCAAAUGAUCCAAAAACUUCCAGUCAAAUGAAAUCCAGAAUGAUGUAUUUAAUAUGUACUGUAUUUUGUAAUUUGUGUGCAACAUGUUUUGUGUGCUUUUUGCACAAAAUAUGAUGUUACAUGCACAAUAUGCAGCCUCAUGGUGGAUUCUGAGAUGAAGGCAGUGGAGCAGAGUUUUCCCCCGAGCAUCACUCUGCGUGCUGAAUACAGCAGUGUUGCUUUCUGCCUUCUUAAAUAUUACCUACACUACAUGCCUGGACUGUACCUUGCCUGUGACUAAAACAUUUAGCUUUACAUUGAUGGCUGGUUUUACAUUUUUUCUUUCAUGAUUACAGUAACGGAAAAUGUGAAUGUGAGUUCCUUUUUUUUUUUAUAACUUUGUACCAAAGGCUGGUUUCUUCAUAUGCAUUUUCCUGAUUUGAAAGUUAAAUGCAUUGUUUGUAAUGGCAUUUGUUUUUGCUGUCAACCCAUUGCUGAUGUUUUCCAAUCAAAAUGUAUGUUAAACAAACAAGAGCCUGCUUUUGUGCAUAGCAUUAAUAACCAUGCUUAUGAGAAGAAAAAAAAAAGAUUGAAAAGCCUUUUUCUACUUUUACUAACUCUGAAUGGUCACAUAUCAGGACGUUUACUCAGCUGAGUAGAACAGUUUUUUGGGUCAAAGUGGUGAAUCAUAUCAUGAUGAAGGUGAUGCCUUUGCUGUUCUUUUUGUGUAAUAAACAUAAGGACUUAAUGAUUUUUCUUCUUUUUUUGAUUGUAUAUGGUGUUGCCAUGCUGUGUAGCUUUGAAUGACUGAAUGACUACACUUUCUAAAAAUGAUUUAUCAGCAGCUUGAACCCAUUUGUAAAGUGUGACUGUGAAAGCUCCAGUACAGAAUAACACAUUACAAAGGGAGCAUUAUUUUAAAGUAGUUUUACAAAAGUUGAGUAACCUUGUAGACAAACCUGUUUAUUAUCAUUUCCUCCAAUAAUCUUCAAUAAUUUAGUUCACAAACUGUAAACUAAGCUGACCUUGCCACUGUGCAGUUGCUGUGCCCUGCUGCAGGCCUCUUCAAACCUUAGCUUUCAAUAGGAUUGAUGAUUUAACUCCAACCAACCAACCAAAUGACUGUUAGGCUCCCUUAAUCUUGUUGGCUGACAUGUAUUUGUGGUGACACUGAUGGUUGCAGAGCUGAACAUGACAGCAGUAUCAUUCAUCACUUUGAUAGUGUUUUUUAUAUUUGUGUACAGUAUGUAUGUAUUCCUCCAUAAAUGUGUUAUGCAUUC